UCCGCCUGGGUUAGCUUUGUCUGCUCUCGGCUGAGCGGAUAACUAAGCGAAGCAUACUGUAUGACGUGCAGAAAAAUUAGUUUUAUCUUGUAUAAACAAAUUUGUUUCAUCAGCAACGUCGUCACUGUAUGAGUUAGCUUCUGCAAGAGUAGUUCUGGUGGGAAGGGAGCUCUGCAAAUCAUUUUGUGCUCACUGCAAGAAAAGAACCAUGGCAAAGGUUUGGUUUGCUGUUCUAACACUUUUGUACCUGGAGCUUUCCAUGAGGGUUGGCACUGCACCCAUCUGUGCCUAUGGACAGACUGGAUGCCACGUUCCCCUCCUGGCUGAUCUCUUUGACAGGGUCGUACAGCAGUCUUCAAGGAUGCAUGGCAUCUCCAGUGAUCUGCACUCUGAAUUUGAGCAAUUUUUCUUUCCCAGCAAGAACCUAAUAGGCAAACGGAAAUGCCACACACAUGGCAUACGAACACCAGAUGAUAAGGAGAAUGCACAGCGACUGGGGAGGGAACAACUGACAGAGGUGAUCCUGAGGCUGCUGGGAGCCUGGGGUGACCCCCUGUCACAGCUCUACCAGAGCAUGUCUCAGGAUCAGAAUCAAGACUUCAACCAUUACACCUCCAGCAAGGCACUAGAAAUCAGUGAUAUGGUACGUGAGCUGAGGGAUGGAGUGGCAAAAAUAGCUGAGAAGAUGAAGCUGUCGGGAGUGCUUGGUAACACUGUGGGCUACAUCUCUCCUGAGAGUUUGGUCCCCUCUUCUGCCUUUUCCUUCUAUAAACAAGGAGAACUCAAUUCAGUGGACCAUCAUGACCUGCUCUACUGCUUCCGCAGAGACUCGAACAAAGUCAAAAAUUAUCUCCGCAUCCUGAAAUGCACCACCCUCCCUGGACUGGACUGUUAAUAGUGAUGGUAAAGCAGUCUAGUGUUUUAUCCUUAAAUUGAAUUAGCAGUUUCUGUUUCCCAUUUGCUUUUAAAUUCACAUCUUGUUCUUUUUGUCUGUGCUUACAUCUUUUGUAAUGCACAUCUGUUGUAGAGGACUGUGUGUGCCUCUUACAACAUUAUUAUUAUCAUAGGUAAUUAAAUAAUUUUGCUUGUGAGCAUUGAGCAUGAAAAGGUUAAAAAAUAAAUUAAUUAAUAAAUAAAAUUUAGAUAAACCUUACCAUUAUCGUUUUUGGUCAUCUUCCUGUCAAUUGGGAGCACAAGCUCUCUAUAAGUAUAGAAAUAGUAGAUGGUGUAUUAGAGUGUUCAUUAAUAUGUAAAUGGGUUUUUUUCUCCAUAGAGCCCAACAUAAUAACACUGAGUCAUGUGGAAAUCAGGAUUCAUUCAUACACUUUAUUUACAGUUGAUCUUAACAUUCAAGAUCAUGAAAAAAAUAUUUACAAAAUAUAAAAUGUAAAAUUUGACAUCAAAAUGUCUUGGAUUGUGAGUAUUUGUGUAAAGCUGAUCAAAACAUGUUAAAAAAAAAAAAAGAAAAGAAAAGAGAUGCAUUUAAUGAAGUGACUCAUUUGUGCCUGAUUGCAAUUACAAUAGAAGAAUGGGAAUCUUUCCUGGAAAGUCUUGUCCGUAUACCAAUAAAUUGCUUAGUGAAGCCAGUGACGUGCAAGUAAGAUCACUGACCGAGCAAUUGAACCUAAUUACGUUCAUGAUGCAACAAAACAGUUAGCCUACAUUCAUUGAAAAGUUAAUGACAGUAUUAGUCUUCACUGAGUGUGUUCCACCCACAUA